UCUUUUUUGUUCUUUUAGCAUCACAUGUAACAUUUCGCAGCUUGCAGUACUUGAAAAAAGAAGAUUUAAAGGAAGCAGUGCCACCAUUGGGACUGCGUGUUGAAUUCAGAGAAAAGCUCUUUGCUUGGAAAAAACGAAAGCUCGGGAUUGAUGACGAAACUAUGUCAGUUCCAUCUAAAAUAGGUGAAUGGUGGAAACGCAACGAGACACCUGCAAGUACUCCUGGUACUCCCGACACUACAGGUUCGAACUGCUCAAAAGCCAAAGGAAUUUUGUCAGAGGAUCUAACGGAAUUGUUAACACAUACCUCGAAGGGGAAACUAGCGCUUGAAUGUAGUAGCGUUAAUAAGAAAUUAAGUGACGAGCAAAGAGAUGAUAUAAUUAAUAUAAUUAUUGAAGAUAUUUUAACCAACAAUGUUACUCUUUACACUCAAGACUAUAUGCGCAUAUUGGAUGAAAUUUGUUCCGUUUUUCCUCUUGAAAACGAAAUGAGGGAUUAUUAUUACAUUUCAAGAAAAGGAAAGAACAACGCAAGCGGAAAACUUUAUGCCAAGUAUAGAAACAAGAAGUCCAAAAGAAUAAAGCUUUUGAUUUCCGAGCCUAGCACAAGCAAAGCAGCAACUCACACAUCUCCUAAUUUUUGUAACAAAGAUGUUCCCGAAAUUGAUGAAUCAGUUGAAAAUUCAUUGAAAGCUUCCUUACUAAGAGAAUGUAAUGAUUGGGGAUCGAUCUGCGAAAAAUGGAAAAGAUCUUUUAACAUACGGCAAAGAGAUAUAAAAAAUUUAAGUAGCCAUACAUUUCUCCUUGAAUGGACGAAGUUGUCCGAUGCAAGAGCUUCAGAAUUGGUAAGUAGCCAUGAGCUAUUUAUUUGUAUAUGGAUACUAAUGUUUCGUUUUAGGUCAACAUUGAUUUCGAUAUUAUGUAUCCACAGAAAGGCAAUCUUCUACUUUCUAAAUGGGACCAAUUUAAGAAAAAAAUUUACAAUUAUUAUGGGAAAAAUAUUCAUAACGAACAUUGCAAACAACUCUUCGCAAAUGUUUUGACGGCAAGCAGCAUAGGUAAAUUUUAAUUCCUGAUUUAUCAUAAACAUUAAAAGUAAUAUUUAUUUUAUAUUUCGGUUGCAGAUGCUCAAGAUUAUAUAUACGCAAUACUGUUGAAUUCAGUUUUACCAUCACCUGCUAGGUUUAAAUGUGGAAACGGUAAAUUACGAAAAAAAGUAACAAUAGCUGAUUCGCAGGAAAGUUUCGUACUGCGACUACCGACAAUUAACGAUUAUAAAAGGCAAAUUGAUACAGUCACUGAAAAGUAUUACAAUGCUGGAUUAACUAUACAGCCAUUUAUAAUUGUGGAGGGUUUGUCCGAUUUCAAUAUAAAAGGUUUUUAUGUUUUUUUUAACCACAAUUUGUUAAAAUUUCAAUCGUUCCUCGAAUGUUUAGAUACAUGUUUUAAAAUUUUUCAUGCACUUUCUUUAAAAUAUCCAAAUGCCUGCCAAAUUCCAUGGAUUUUUAUCCAAAAAUAUUUUUAUGAAAUUAAUACUGUAUAUGAUAUAAAAUCAGUUAAUUUGACUUCACUUAUUAAUUUCUGCAACAAUAAUUAAAGUACAAU